AUGGGAAUCUUCCACGGCGGACGGUGGACAGUGCUAUGUUGUGUGUUUGCGUUAACCAUCGCGGCAACUCCCAGAAAAUUCCUUCAAAAUCGCUUCAGCGUCGACUAUCAACCAUUCGAAGGCCCUUGGAAUGAUGAUUUCGACUGGGGCGUAAUAAAGGAGGUACUACAUAAAGCUCCAGGCAAUGCAGUGAUAUCACCGCUCUCCGUUAAAGCACUGCUGGCUCUGCUGUACGAAGGAAGCGCGAGUAAUUCUAUAACGGAGCGGGAACUUCUUCAAGCGCUCAGUGGCGACAAUGGUCAAACCGUGCCCAAACUUCAAACUGAUCUGCUGCAGUAUAAAGAACAGCAACGAAAUCUACUUAUCACCGAUCGUGUAUACCACGACGUCUCGGUGACGAUCUUGCAAAAAUAUCACAGCAUUAUUGCGGCCCGCUACGGUGCUACAACAGAAUCGAUCGACUUCCAGGAUAAUGUGGCCGCUGCAGCACUUAUCAACGAGUGGAUCGCCCAGAAUACGCGCGGAAAUAUUCAAAACAUCAUUAAACCAGACAUGCUACAGGAUGCGUUGAUGCUGUUGAUCAAUACGAUCUACUUCAAAGGUUCGUGGGCUAUUCCCUUCCCAACAAAUGCCACCGUGGACAGGAAUUUUUAUCCCGGAAGGAAAUCUACAGUAAGCCGAUUCGCUGCUCAAACAACUCCCUUCAUGAAACAGCGCGAGCGUAUCUUCUAUUACAAAUACUCGGACCAGUUAAAUGCUCAAUUUCUUCGAUUGCCGUACGACAGUAACCAAUUAUCAAUGAUAGUCGUGUUGCCAGAUGAGCAGCUUUCGUUGGGUCAGUUGAUUUCGCGUCUCUCACCUCAAACAGUGCAUCAAACACUGGCGGAUAUGACCGAAGAAGAGGUGGAGAUAGAGCUGCCGCGGUUCAACAUCACCUACUCGGGCUCCAUGCGAGAGUGUCUUCAGCAACUAGGCAUCUCGCGCGUAUUUACCGAUCAAGCCGAACUACCGUUGAUAUCACGCGGCCGUACCACACCACUGAAGGUUAGUACGAUACUGCAGAAGAGCUGCAUUCUUGUGGACGAACAGGGCACGGAGGCGUCAGCGGCUACUGAAGGAACGCUUGUGUUUACGAUUCUCAACCAACCGAUCAAGUUCAUUGCCAAUCGACCGUUCCUCUUCCUGAUCUACGACGAAGGCAAGGGCAACUGGCUGUUUGCCGGCAAGGUAGAAGAUCCUCAGCACUGA